GAGUUCCAGAAGAAAACACAGAGAGAGCACUAAACUGAAGAAACUGGUCAUUGGAUACAUAAACUCAGUUUUGAUGGCACUCCUUUCUGACAAGAGCUCCAAUGGGAUGGAACUCUUAGAUCUCCUGUUUGAGCAGGCCGAUGAGAACUCGGCUCCUGAAGAGCCUGAGGGUGGCCGUGUUAACCCAGCCUGGCCAUUCCCGGAUCAAAGUUUGCUGUCCCACAGUGAUGAUGGAGCUGAUCAUUUCCUGGACUCCUUGCUGAAUGCAUGUGAGAGUGUAUCAGGCUCUAGCUCACCUCUGUGGGUCCCGUCACCCAGCGACAGCGGCAUCAGUGACGAUCCCCUCUCAGACCAUUUGGACAGUCCUCCUCCUCCCGCCAACCUGCUCUUUGACUCCUUCUUCAUCUCUCAGCACCACCAUCCUCUUCCUGUUUUUCCUCCUCCUCAGUCCCAACAACAACAGUACUCGGGAUGGGCCUCGAGCUCCUCAGAACGAGAUAUUUCCAUUGAUGUGGAGGCCUGGGAGUCCAGUCUGUCCUUGUGCAGUUCAAUGGUUCCUCAUUGUGUGCCUGCAGCAGAUCCGAGCCCUGAUGCCUCUUCAGUUGUCCAGCUCAGCGUGAAGGAUCUGCUCCUCUCUAAUUUAGGAGAACCUCCCAAGCAACCCUCUCAGAACUUGCUGCAGGAACUCGUUCUUAAUGAUGAUGAGAAGAAACUUUUAGCCAAGGAAGGAGUGUCUCUACCCAACCAGUUUCCCCUCACCAAGUGUGAAGAGAAGAUCCUGAAAAAGAUUCGCAGAAAGAUUCGCAACAAGCAGUCUGCCCAGGAGAGCAGAAAGAAGAAGAAAGUGUACCUUGAUGGCCUAGAAGGGAGAAUGGCUGUUUGCAGUGCCCAGAAUAUGGAGUUGCAGAAGAAAGUGAUUCAGCUGGAGAAAACCAACAUGUCUCUAAUGGAUCAGUUACGUAGGCUGCAAGCCCUGUUCAUGAACAGCUCUAAUAAACCUGCUCAGACUGGCACGUGUAUCCUGGUGCUACUGCUGUCUUUCUCUCUCAUCCUGUUCCCCAGAUUCCAACCACUGUCCCACAGCAGGACCGCUGAUCCAGCAGACUUUAGCACAGCCAAAGUUCAGUCACGCUCACUGCGCUCUGUGGUAGAGGUCCAUAGUCUGCAGCCAGACUCCUCCAUGGACAGGAACAUGGAGAGAGCCACCAACAUCAUUUCCAAGAUGCACAUCAGGCCUGAAUAUGCCGAUAUGGACCCUCUACACCACAACCGAAGUUAUGGAGAUCAGGAGCAUCACAAUGGUGAUCCGAUCACCGGGAACAUGGCCAUGCUGGGUUGGUAUAAUUCACGGCCAUGUAAACAGAAAGACAGGAAAUGAUGUCAUACAUCAACUGAAUGGACCAUCCGUUUGCACAAGUAUGGCAAAAAAUUUUGACGUUUUAUGUGUUGCUGACAAAGUGUUGCUGUCCUUGUUUUCGCAGAACCCAACUGGUUCAGACGAAAGCAGCAUCAUGCUCAUUAACCGAGAGUUAUCAGUGCUUAGAUAGUCUCAUUAUACUUACAACACUGACAUUUGACUUGUAUUGAUACGAGUAAACAAGAAAAAAUGAAAUUACAAUAGUAGUUUCCACAAAUCAAGUUCAGAUUUUGCUCACAGUGUGGUUUGGUCAGCAAUAACUGUGGCAACAUUGUUGUAUUGCUUUGCUUGGUCUGUCUUUACCUGGGUUAUUUCUGCCUGAAUCAGUUAAUUGUCCAACAGAAGUUCUGGCCUACAUUGGCUCGAUGUCAAAAUUGUGUCGCUCCGUGUAAGAUCUUUAAGAUAACCAGCACAGAUGGAGUCAUGAAGACAGCAGUGCUCAGAGAACAAGGAUUAGGGAAAAAUCUUCAGCACAGUAAAUAAUCGAGAGCUUGUAUCAUGACCGAAUAAACAAGGAGUUAGAUCUUCCUUACAGAAAUGCUGAAUUUCAAAGCAAAUCAACAAAAUGAAGAAAAGAAAAACCCCCACAACAAGUCAGUAGAAAACAAGAGAAAUAGAAACGCAACCACAAAAACGAAUCUGUAGACACAACAGAAAACAAAAGAAACUCCCAUAAGAAUAGUGAAACUAUAAAAGGUAGGUACAUGUUAUACACAAAUAAGGAACUAUAGACUAUAUUAGUUUAUAGACUAUAACUAUAGAGGAACUAUAGAGGAACUAUAACUAUAGUUUAUAGUUUAUAUAACUAUAGUUUAUAGACUAUAACUAUAGAGGAACUAUAAACUUGCAUUUUGAGUUAAAAGAGAAAAAUAAGUGCAUGGUGCUAUGUUGUAAUCAUGCACAAAAGUAGAAUGUUAAAAACAAAUCAUAGAGGAUACUAUAU